CGGCUCAACACGUGCGCCGCGGCUAGCGGUUCGUUUUGAUAAAUACGAGUAAAUACAAAUUCCAGGAUGCAGAACGGCGGAGGACAUUCCGGCUGGAACAAUUCUGGGGAUCGACACCACUUCUUCGCCGAUGGCUAUAACAACAGCCAGCGGCGCAGCGGUGGCGGCGGCGGAGGAGGAGGAAACCACGGCCAGAAUCCCCAGUCCAAUGGCAGUUGGUCGGACAGAGGAGGAGCAGGUGGCCAGCAUGGAAACGGUUUCAACAAGUUCAAGGAUCCCCAACAGCCGCCGAAUAAUCAGCAGCAGCAGCAAGGCAGGAGGAGUGGCAGAAGAAGAGGGGGAGGAGGAGGAGGAGGAGGAGGACGAGGUGGAAGGGGCAAAAGGGGAAACCGCGGCAGGGAUUCCAAUAAGCGUGGUGGCCGCAACAACUCAUGGCAUCCCAAGCAGCAUCCAGUUAGCCCAGGCCAAAGCAACAUGCUGUACUACGAUAAUGUGGGGGAUUUCACCGAUGAUCCACCUCUUCCUGCUCCCUCACCUGCGCCCUCGUCCCACAGGCAGGAGAGCCUGCCACCUGUCUCCUUUACUGAACCAUCGGAACCGGAACCUGCACCUGCACCUGCAAUUGCUCCUGCACCUGAGGUGCCUCCUCCACCAGAAGAACCCACCACCGUGUCGCUGAUCAACAUCAAGAAGGAGGUCGAGUCGCUGAAGCCCAAGCCACAAAGAAAGCCGGUGGUCAAGCCGGAACCCAAAUCUCCGACAAAGAAGAAGGAAAGCUCGUCCAGUUCGUCGAGCAGUUCGGAGGAGGAAUCCGAACCCGAACCAGGUGAAAUGUUGGGCAGCACUAAGCCUGCAUCCUCGGGUAAAACAAAGGCCAGCAAGGUGGCUGUGGCAUCCACACCAAAAGCGAAGGUUGCGAAGCCCGUUCCGUCCUCGGAAUCCUCAUCAUCCGACUCGGAUUCAGAGGAGGAACCCAGUCGGUCGUCGGCGAAGAGUAAAAAGGCGGCCAAGGAAAAGGAGACCGAGGAGGAGGUGAUCUGCAUGGGCACUCAGGAGCGCCAGUUCACCAUCACCGACGAGGAGGAGGAGGAGGAGAGCAGUGAGCCGGAGGAGGAGACCGACAAAAAGGCAGCAAAGGGAAAGAACAAGAGUAAAACCGUCGAUGUGUGCGGCAUCUGCGAUAAGAAGGGCCACACUUCCUUCCAGUGCCAGAUGAUCUGCCGGAAUUGCUCCGGACGGUAUCAUGGCCUCAAGAACUGCCCGAAUCCGCCCAACCUGAACAUUGCCAUACAGUCGUUCAUGGAGUUUGUCAUGCAGCAGAUGACCGUCUUUCAUGCCGACCAGCGAUUUGCCUUUCCUGCUGGCACAGUUGCAGCCCCAGCUGCAGUGCCACCUGCAGUUCCAGCUAAGGUCAAAAAGGACAAGAAGGACAAAAAGGCGGUGAAGAAGCUUGCCAAAAAGACGCCACAGAAGCGGAUGAAGGUGGAACCGAGGGAUCAAGACGAGGACGAGGAGGACGACGAUGAGGAUGAUGAUGAUGCCAGCGAGGCCAGCAGCGAGAGCGAGGAGUCCGAGUCCAGCGACGAGCCGCCACCAGCACCUGUGGCCAAACAGAAGCGGAAACGCGGCUCUAAGGCUGCCGCAGCUAGUCUACCUGCUCCAGUGUUUCCGUUCUCCCUUCUGGGCGCUCCGGGCGCCCCUUACAACUCCAUGAUGUAUCCCUAUGGGGCGCCUUUCAGUUUUCCUAAAUAGUUACCACCUAAGUUAGUUUUAGAAGAUGAUACAAGCAUUUGUUGACAUGUAGUUAGUGUGCUAACAAAUUGUAUAAAACAUAAAAAAGCA